AUGUUUCUGGCGUUUGCACUGUGCAGAAAAAGGUCAGGGUGCGAGCGACAUCCCAAAAAAGUCAUUUGCACAGUGCAAAAGCAACAAAUUGCACAGUGCAAAGGGAGCUUUUGUUUUUGCACAGUGCAUGUCGCAGAAAUCAUUUUUGGCGUUUGAACUGAGCAGAAAAAAUGCGCAGUUCAAAAAAGGUGCAUUUUGCUUUCUCACAGUGUCGCCGAAGAGUUCUUUGGCCAUUGCACCGUGCGACAAAAGUCAGGGUGCGAGCGACAGCCCAAAAAAGCCUAUUGCACGGUGCAAAAAGCCGACAAUUGCACAGUGCAAAGUGAGCUUUUGUUUUUGCACAGUGCAUGUCGCAGAAACCAUUUUUGGCGUUUGCACAGUGCGAAAAAAGUCAAGGUGCGAGCGACAUUCCAAAAAAGCCUAUUGCACGGUGCAAAAAGCAAACAAUUGCACAGUGCAAAGUGAGCUUUUGUUUUUGCACAGUGCAUGUCGCAGAAUGAUUUUCACCGCUUCUGAAGAAAUAAAAAUUUCUGUGUGGCAUAAGUUUCACCCUCCGGCACUAAAUAUUUGCCUUGACCUUGAUAUUAUCUCAAUAUAACGCCGCAGUAGGUCACCACCUCAUUAUAUAAAUGUCGUGCGAGGGCGUUUCCUGCGGGCAAAUAUAUACCUUCUGUCUUACUGUAACUUUUCUGGAGUAAAGAACCUCUUUUCAGGUGAUCCUACUCCACUCUUUUCCCCACCAGUCUCCAACACAAUGUCCUUUGCGUGCAGCGGAUCCUCGCUUCUGUUCGGCAUGGCCCAAGAGGACGGCCGCCUAAACCAGCAGCCACCCAGCACCACGCAGCACGCCUCAACGGCGUUCACGUUGCCCGAACAGCACCGGACGACGGGCUUCAUGCCCAGCGAUGGACUCCGAAAUGUAAGUGGAUAACUUGUGCGACUUUCCAAGGCUGGGUCGGCGACUGAUUAGGAUUCUCGAAAUUCCCGAAUUUUUUUUUGGCUUUUGGCUUUAGCGGAUUGUCGCUAAUAAACGAUCGAACGACUGACCUGUUAGUAUUUUCAUAAAGUGCAUGGACAUUUGCACUUUAUUACCGCGUUUGCACAGUGCAUUUUGAACCUCUUCCCACGCUCGUCGCUAACGCACAGUGCAUUUCGUGGUCUUUCCCGAACGCACAGUGCAUUUCGAACCUUUUCCCACGCUUGUCGCCAACGCACAGUGCAUUUUGAACCUCUUCCCACGCUCGUCGCUAACGCACAGUGCAUUUCGAACCUUUUCCCACGCUCGUCGCUAACGCACAGUGCAUUUCGUGGUCUUUCCCGAACGCACAGUGCAUUUCGAACCUUUUCCCACGCUUGUCGCCAACGCACAGUGCAUUUUGAACCUCUUCCCACGCUCGUCGCUAACGCACAGUGCAUUUCGAACCUUUUCCCACGCUUGUCGCCAACGCACAGUGCAUUUUGUCUUUUCGCACAGUGCAAAUCCCAAAACAAUCCGUUCGCACUGUGCAAGUUCCAGGCGUCGCACAGUGCAAAAAAACAAAAAAAUAAAAAUAAAAAAUGCACCGUGCAACAUGUGGUGUGUUUUGUGCACAGUGCGGGCCGCGAUAAAUGUCCAUGCACUUUAUGAAAAUACUUCUAGGCGGGCCAAAAAGUCUUGCCAUGUCCGCACAGUGCGCCGUGGUGCAUAAAAUUUGUCGCGCGGCGACAAGAAAAGUUGACGGUGCACCGCGACCCCGCGUCGUGCAAAAACAUUGUUUUGAAAAAGGCAAUCAAAAGCACAGUGCGCUCUUUCCUCACACCCCACCAAAUUUUUUUCGCACGGCGCCUCGUCGCAACACCCAAUUCAUGCGACCGCGCAAUGUCAAAAACCAUGAGAAGACCGUUUGCCCCGCCUAUUUUCAGUCUGUCGGGAAAAUAAUGAGCACAUUGUCGCUGCGCCGAUCGCAUCGCUGAAGUGAAAAACAAUUUGAUUUUGCCACGACGCAAUUCAUUUUCUCGCCGGCGAUACGAUUUCCGAUGCAAAAGUGCUCAUUAUUUUCCCGACAGACUGAUAUCGGUAGUGUUGAGGGCGUUGCAGAGAAACCGUAAUCCUUUACUUGGCAGCAUAAGAUAGUAGAAAUGUCCCCAAAACGCUGUUGUAUAUUCCUUUGACAUGUAAAGCACAACCCAAAGUUGUGUUGAAAAUCGUGCGAGGAUACGAAGGUCAUUACUCGGGCACUUCUCUCCUUAUAGGUGCAAAUAAUCUAGCAAAAAUGUUUGUGCAACGCGAAGAUUUAAUCUUUUUGUGAUGAAAAUAAUCUUUCGCUCUCUCUCUCUCUGCCCACGGGGUAUUAGUUGACGUACGCCGCGCUGCCUCUCGCAGAAACCUUGAAUUUGCAAAAGCAUUCCAGGAAGUUUGCAUAAAAAAUUCAGAGGUGACAAUUCCGGGAAGAGUGUGGAGUGUUUUUUGGAUUUGCAUUAGAUUCGUUGUGUGGCGACUAAACUACACACCACUCCGUUCGCAAUGUCGCUGAAGUGAUUUUUGUGACAUGCACUGUGCGAAAACAAAAGUGCACCUUGCACUGUGCGAUUUGUUGCUUUUUGCACCGUGCAUUAGGCUUUUUUGGGCUGUCGCUCGCACCCUGACUUUUUUGCACAGUGCAAAGGCCAAAAAACAUUUCGGCGACGUGCACUGUGCGAUUUGCUGCUUUUUGCACCGUGCAUUAGGCUUUUUUGGGCUGUCGCUCGCACCCUGACUUUUUUGCACAGUGCAAAGGCCAAAAAACAUUUCGGCGACGUGCACUGUGCGAUUUCUUGCUUUUUGCACCAUGCAAGAGGCUGUUUUUUUAAUUUCUUUUUUUCGCUUUUGCACAGUGCAUCUUGAACCUUUGUCGCUAACGCACUCUAGAUUUUUGCCUUUGCGCACCGUGCAAACCUCAAAAAAUCCGAUUGCACUGUGCACAUUUUUGAGCAAACCCGCAGUUGAGAAAAGCUUACGUCGCAGCGAUAUUUCAAAUGCACAGUGCAAAACCAAAAAAAGGUGAGUGCACGGUGCAAGAACUCGCGAAUUUUUGUGCAGGAUGCGAACCGCAGCAAAUGUCCAGGCACGUUGUGAAAAUGCUAUCAGUCUGUCGGAAAAAUAACGGCGGAUCGUCGCAUCAAAAUGUCUCGCCUCGCCGCUAUCGCGCUCCAAAUCCCAAGCCGCGACUUGCAGUCGCAGAGCGAUGAUCGGCGAUUCCGAGGCGCGACGAUCCGCCCUUAUUUUUCCGACAGACUGAUAAUAGGCUUGUUUUGGGUGCCGCUUGCAUUUUUGAACUUUCUGCCCAAAAAAUAAGUGAUCUUUGAAAUAGGUUUGCGAGUUACUGUAGACACAAAGUGGUAGGCGAUUCUCUUCAGGGUCGGUGGACCUACUUGGAGUCAAAAAAAGAGUGGGGAUGCGGAGUUAUUCAAAAUCAGGGGCUUGGGAAAUUGUCAGAAACUACUGUUUUUUUUGUUGUUUUUGUUUUUUUGCCUCUGAUUGUCGGAGGGUUCGAGGAAAGCAACAAAAAACAUGAAAACAAUAGAAUUAAAAGGAGAUGUGUGGUAUUCGGGGAAAUACCAAAAAAAAAAACUAUUGAAAAUUACAAAAAUACUAGUCCGUUUGUAAAACUUGCGAUUCCCAUCUUGAAAACUAUAUAAUCAUCUCCCAUUUUCAGUAG